AUGAGAGCCGACGAUAAGGGACUCCACCCGGUCCCCUUUGAGUCUCACUCGGAGCACCUAUCGGACAUGAUCACUCCAAAGAGGAUGCGCUCCUUUGGAGGUGCUGCGUGCUACCCCCACUCGCCAGCGCAGCAGGCGCCGCCGAUGCCACUUGCAUGGCUCGCAGGGUGGGUCACCUUGGGCCUGCUCGCGAACCUCGUGACGACCAGCGCCGUCCCGUUCAAUCCCUCGCAAGUGAAAUUUUUGAAUGACACCAAAAAUUGGUGGAGCGACCCUCCAUCCGACUGCGACCAUGUGUACGGCCUCAAGUGCGACGUGGAUGGCAUGAUAACUGAGAUGUGA